AUUUGAUUUAAAUAAAUAAAUAAAAAUAUAAAUCUACUGUCGGCAGCAACACCAAAAGAAAAAAAAGAACAAAAAAGGAUUAUUAUCGCACAGUUCCAACAAAAGCUAUCAUCAAUGGUUCAGUUGAAACAAAGAGCAAUUAUAUCCCAAAAAUACAAAACUGAAACUGUCCGAAAUUAAAUUCAACAUUUGUUAUAAAUUAGCUAUGGGAAACUUACAUGGCCUUCACAGAUCCCAUCACGGCGGUUCUAAUUUUCCCGGUGAAUCCCCCAAUUCACCUUUCCCACCACCAUAUACAUCAGCUCCGCCAUUCGAUCACCACAUGACGGUGGGACCUUAUUGCCACGUAGACUCCAGCCUCCGCUCUCUCGCUGGUAAGGCUGAGGGUUUCGGCCGCGCCGCCGUUGGUGGUCUAAAUGGUCCGAUUUGCCACGUCACUUCUUUAGCUGACGAGGGUCCAGGAUCGUUGCGAGAGGCUUGUAAGAGGCCAGAACCGUUAUGGAUUGUGUUCGAUGUAUCGGGAACGAUCAAUCUGUCUUCGUUUGUGAGUGUAUCAUCGCACACAACGGUGGACGGAAGAGGACAAAAGGUGAAGAUAACGGGAAAAGGGUUAAGGCUAAAAGAGUGUGAAAACGUUAUAAUCUGCAAUCUUGAAUUUGAAGGCGGUGUGGGACCAGACGCAGACGCAAUUCAGAUCAAACCAAAAUCACACAACAUUUGGAUUGAUCGGUGUAGUCUCAAGAAUUACUAUGAUGGUUUGAUCGAUAUCACACGAGAAAGCACUGACAUUACUGUCUCAAGAUGCCAUUUCAUGAACCACAACAAGACGAUGUUAAUAGGAGCGGACACAAGUCACGUUACGGACCGAUGCAUAAGAGUUACGAUACAUCACUGUUUUUUCGACGGCACACGUCAGCGACACCCUCGCGUUCGCUUCGCAAAAGUCCAUCUCUUCAAUAACUACACUCGUCAUUGGGCCAUUUACGCUGUCGGUGCCGGUGUAGAAUCUCAGAUAUAUUCUCAGUGCAACAUAUAUGAAGCUAGUGAAAAGAAAACUGUCUUUAAGUACAUCACUGAGAAGGCGGCGGAUAAAGAGAAACCCGGAGCUGGGUUCGUACGGUCAGAAGGGGAUUUGUUGUUGAACGGAGCCAAGUCGUGUCUUAGCCAGGGCGGAGAGCGGUAUGUGUUCUCUCCGACCCAACACUAUUCCGAAUGGACUGUCGAAUCUCCAACCGAGAUACUCAAGAACUAUCUGAAACACUCGACCGGAUGGCAGAACAUUCCGCUCCCACUAGACCAACCUCCUACCACCGGUUAACUAUUGUUAAUGGAAGUGAAUUAAAUGGAUCACUUUUGGCAGUACCAAAAUUAUAUCCCAGUAGUUUCUCCCGCUUCCACUUAGACAAACAAUGAUAUAUCGAAUUUGAUAGGAAUAGGAUUGUCGAAUUUUUCCAAUUCAAAGUUGAGAUUUUAGUUUCAACUAAUAAAAUAAGCCUAUAUAGAAAAAAAAAAAAAAAGUUAAUGUAUAUUUUGAGCUUAUGUGCGCAUGUAUGGAUUAUCUUUAAUUAGAUGAAUAACAAGUCUGUGGUGGUUGGCUCGGUC